UGCCAGGAGACGGUUGCGCAUGCGCAGCGGGACAGGGCCCGCGAUGGAGGAUGUCCUGGAUACGGAGGCCCAGCGGAUUGUGAAGACCGGCCGUCGAGCCCGACAGUCCCAGGACACUGCGGGUGCGGAGGGGCCUCCGAGCAAACCUGCCCGUCGACAGGGAGGAUGGGCGGAUGACACCCCUCGCCUGUCCAAAUCUGGUCGGAAAGUGACUGAAGAACUGGAGGACCGGCUCAGGCCCCGGAGCCCCGAGGACUCGGAUGAAGAUGGAGAUAUCCUUGUCAUUCCAGACCUAGAAGAGGUACAGGAGGAGGAUCUGGCCAUGCAGGUGGCUGCCCCACCCAGCAUUCAGGUGAACCGCGUGAUGACGUAUCGCGACCUGGAUAACGAUCUGAUGAAGUACGGCGCUUUCCAAACACUGGAUGGAGAUAUUGACCUGAAGCUGCUGAGUCGGGUGUUGUCAGCAGAGCAGGAGGUCCGAGAGGACGACGAAUGCUGGAGCUGGAAUCAGCUCUUCACCGAAGUGUCCUCGGAGCUGCUGACGGAACGUGACGAGCGCAGUGGGCAGGACGAGGAGGAUCCGAAGCUGCUGUCAGCACAUGCCUGACUGGGACGUCCAGACUUUUCCUCUGUGGCUUCUGGUAUUUGGAUGUUGACCCUGGGUUAAGGUGUUGACGCCUGUGAAAUAGAAGCUGCUUUGAUACCUAUCA